CCUCAGACAUUCUUUUGCGUUUGAUGGCUCGCAGAUGACAGAGCAUUAAGUGAAGUGUCAUUCUAAAUUCAGGAAAAUGCAAGAAUGCAUUGCAAAAGAGAAAUCUGCGUGAAGCUUAUCUACAGGAAUAAAGUAAAGCAGAAACCAGGGGCUCUUCUGCUUGUGUGUGUGUGGCUCCUGUGCUCACAGUCAGUGUCCAGCAGCAACCAAAGCUCUCGAGGCCAAACCGGUCGGUCUGAAGUUAAGCCGGGUACCUGUGAAGUGGUGGCAGCUCAUCGUUGCUGUAAUAAGAAUAAAAUAGAGGAGAGGUCUCAGACGGUCAAGUGCUCAUGUCUUCCUGGACAGGUUGCUGGGACCACCCAUGCUCAACCUUCAUGUGUAGAUGCGUCUAUCGUGCGGAUGAAGUGGUGGUGUCAAAUGGAGCCAUGCUUAAAUGGUGAAGAGUGUAAAGUGUUGCCUGACCUCACCGGCUGGUCCUGCAGUUCUGGGAACAAAAUCAAAACCACCAAGGUCACACGGUAAAGCAACACUUCUGUGUACAUGUGAUGACAACUCAUAAUUUCAUGCGAGCAUAUUUUAAAAUCAGACCUGCAAAUGUCAACAAAAAUGCACGCUCGAGCAGAAACAUGUGAACCGUGAACUAAGACUGUGAGAAGUGUUUAAAUGAUGCAAGGCACUGGCUUCACAAAACCUAAAUAUUUCUAGUUAUUUUGAACUUUAUUCGUCAAGAAUCCUGAAAAGUAU